AUGGAGAUAUUUCUCCAAAUAAGGGAGAAGGGGCUACUCCGAGCCCCCAACCCAAUGAAAAGCCCGCGGGAACUCACUGACCAGUCGAAAUAUUACCGUUUCCACCGGCAAAACGGGCAUGAUACUGAGGAGUGCCGCGAGCUGAAGUGGCAAAUCAAGGAGCUCGUCUACAGAGGACACCUCAAUCGGUACAUCCGACGGAGUAGGGAACUUUCGCCCCAUCCGGAGGGCCCCGUUGAACGCCAAAUCGAUGUCAUCAUGGGCGGCCCAGCAUCUGGAGGAAACAGUAUGUCCGGAAGGAAGGCGUAUGCCCGCUUCAUCAAUACCGAUCCUCCCAAACGCGGCCCCGAUCCUGAGGUCGCGUUCCCCCCCGAGGGUGCUGAGCGAUCGGAGCAUGACGAUGCACUUGUAAUAACGACCAGGAUAGCUAACACCCAGGUGAAGAGGGUCAUGAUCGACACGGGGAGCUCAGCCGACGUGCUAUAUCUGGAUGCUUUUUAG